CUCCUCCCGCAGCCACGAUCCGCACCCAGUCGGAGCUGGGCUUGGCACCGGCACCCACUUCUCCCAUCGUGUGCCCAGCGGCUGGCUGUGCAGUGCCGCGCCGUGCCGUGGAGGAGGAGGAGCGGAGCAGCGGCAGCGCUCCCAUCUCCGCGGGCGCGGGCGAGAGCGCGGGCGGGCGCGCAGCCCCCAUGCCCGGUGGGCGCCCCGCCGCCCGCAGCCCGCCCCCCCCCGGCUUGGGAGCAUCCCGCAGGCACUUCGCCGCGGAGGCACCGUCGGCCCUUGGGAUUAAAAUACUCACCGCGCUGGGCAGCCGAGGGAAAGGGGGAGCAGGUACCCAUUAUACCAUUUCUUUGGUGAAGGCUAUUCAGCAGUGGUGACAUCUUCCAAUCAACCACUCUGCAAAUUAUUAUCUCUGGACUCCCAGCUGACACCCUGCCGGAGGCUAGAGCUACUGAGACAACUGGAAUUGUGCCUGCUUUGGUCAAGGUUUUUUCUUUCACCGAGGAAAAAAAAAAAAAAAAAAAAAAAAAAAGAUGAAGUUGGGCAAAGUGGAGUUUUGCCAUUUUCUUCAGAUACUAGCUCUUUUCCUGUGUCUUUCUGGGAUGAAUCAAGCAGAGCUCACAAGGUCCAGGUCAAAGCCCUAUUUUCAAUCAGGGAGGACGAGAACCAAACGCAGUUGGGUGUGGAAUCAAUUCUUUGUGCUGGAAGAAUACAUGGGUACAGACCCACUCUAUGUAGGAAAGCUUCACUCUGAUGUUGAUAAAGGAGAUGGUUCCAUCAAAUACAUCUUGUCAGGCGAAGGGGCAAGUUCCAUUUUCAUUAUUGAUGAGAACACGGGGGAUAUUCAUGCUACAAAGAGGCUGGAUCGAGAAGAGCAGGCCUACUACACACUCCGAGCACAAGCGCUAGAUAGGCUGACUAAUAAACCCGUGGAGCCAGAGUCUGAGUUCGUCAUUAAGAUUCAGGACAUCAAUGACAAUGAGCCAAAAUUUCUGGAUGGUCCCUACACUGCUGGAGUUCCUGAGAUGUCUCCUGUGGGUACCUCUGUGGUUCAAGUGACAGCCACUGAUGCAGAUGAUCCUACUUAUGGCAACAGUGCUCGAGUGGUCUACAGCAUAUUGCAAGGACAGCCUUACUUCUCUGUGGAGCCCAAAACAGGUGUUAUCAAGACUGCCCUUCCAAAUAUGGACAGAGAAGCCAAGGACCAGUACCUCUUAGUCAUCCAAGCAAAGGACAUGGUUGGGCAGAAUGGGGGAUUGUCAGGGACUACAUCUGUAACUGUCACCCUGACUGAUGUUAAUGACAACCCACCCCGCUUUCCACGCAGAUCAUAUCAGUAUAAUGUCCCAGAGUCUUUGCCAGUGGCUUCUGUGGUGGCCAGAAUAAAAGCUGCAGAUGCAGAUGUUGGACCUAAUGCUGAAAUGGAGUACAAGAUUGUAGAUGGUGAUGGUUUGGGAGUAUUCAAAAUUUCUGUUGACAAAGACACCCAGGAGGGAAUCAUAACUAUUCAGAAGGAGCUGGAUUUUGAAGCUAAGACAAGCUAUACCUUGAGGAUAGAAGCAGCCAAUAUGCAUGUUGACCCUCGUUUCCUGAGUCUGGGGCCCUUCAGUGAUAUGACAACAGUGAAGAUAAUUGUAGAAGAUGUUGAUGAGCCGCCUGUGUUUACUUCACGUCUGUACUCCAUGGUGGUGUCUGAAGCAGCAAAGGUUGGCACUAUCAUUGGAACUGUAGCGGCCCAUGAUCCAGAUGCCUCAAAUAGUCCUGUCAGGUAUUCGAUAGAUCGAAACACAGACCUGGAGAGGUAUUUCAAUAUUGAUGCCAACAGUGGAGUCAUUACAACUGCCAAAUCUUUGGACAGGGAAACUAAUGCUGUUCAUAAUAUCACAGUUUUGGCCAUGGAAAGUCAGAAUCCAGCACAGAUUGGGAGAGGCUAUGUAGCCAUCACAAUCCUUGACAUCAAUGACAAUGCCCCUGAGUUUGCCAUGGAGUAUGAGACAACUGUCUGUGAAAAUGCUCAGCCUGGUCAGGUGAUCCAAAAAAUUAGUGCAAUUGAUAAGGAUGACCCACCAAAUGGCCAUCAGUUCUACUUCAGUUUAACAGCAGAGGCAGCAAAUAACCACAAUUUUACAUUGCAAGACAACAAAGAUAACACUGCUACAGUAUUAACCAAAAGAAAUGGGUUUCGAAGACAGGAACAGUCUGUUUUCUACUUGCCAAUAUUCAUAGUGGACAGUGGAUCACCCUCCCUUAGUAGCACUAACACUCUCACCAUCAGGGUCUGUGACUGUGACGCAGAUGGCAUUGCUCAGACAUGCAAUGCAGAAGCUUACAUCUUGCCUGCAGGACUUAGCACUGGAGCCCUGAUAGCAAUAUUGGCUUGUGUCUUGACACUGCUAGUUCUUGUCUUGCUGAUUGUCACCAUGAGGCGACGGAAAAAAGAGCCCCUCAUUUUUGAUGAAGAGAGAGAUAUCAGAGAAAACAUUGUCAGGUACGAUGACGAGGGUGGUGGAGAAGAAGACACAGAGGCUUUUGACAUGGCUGCCUUGAGGAACCUCAACAUCAUGCGGGACACCAAGACCAGAAGGGACGUGACACCUGAGAUUCAGUUCUUGAGCAGACCAACUUUUAAAAGUAUCCCAGAUAAUGUCAUUUUUAGGGAAUUUAUCUGGGAAAGACUAAAAGAAGCUGACGUGGACCCCUGCGCGCCACCCUACGACUCCCUGCAGACGUAUGCAUUUGAGGGGAAUGGUUCGGUGGCAGAGUCACUCAGUUCUUUAGAUUCCAUCAGCUCAAACUCUGACCAGAACUAUGAUUACCUCAGUGACUGGGGCCCUCGUUUUAAAAGGCUUGCAGAUAUGUAUGGGACUGGACCAGACUGCUUAUACUCCUAGCCUUGGAACCUUUCUCUGAAAAUGCACUGAAGAAUAUUAAAACAGAAAACUCAACCUGACAGACUGAGGAAAGUUGUAAAUAUUUCUCCAUUUUUAAAAUUUUAGGUUUUUUCCUUUUUUUUUUUUUUUUUUUUUUCUUCUUUCCUUUGUGGAACAUAUCUUCAUUAGACCUGUCCUAGGGACUGCACUGACCACACAGAAUAUGAGCGUUUGGUGGCAUUUUUGAUAAAAUGAAAUGCUCGGCCACGUUCAAAUAGAUAGCAACCCUCAAAUACCUGCAGAGGCAACUCACUUUCAAGAGUAUGUUAUACAGUCACCUCAGUGAGCUGGUGAUACUCUGUAGAUGCCUUCACAGUUUUACUAUAUUGAGAAUGCAGAGUCUCUGUUUUAAGAAGAAAUAAAUUUUCAAAUAUAUAACUAAAUACAAUAUCAAUUAAAAUAUUACAGUUCAUGGUAUUUACACAGGCAAAGGUUUUUUAGCAAAUUUUCUUUACUGUGUGCAUACAGCUUACUAGAACAAAAGCAGGAGAACUGAUGAAAACAAACAAAAGCCCAGGAAAUACAUUUUUUGUGUUUCUCCCUGUUUGUUUUCAUAGCUAUUUAAUUAGAAAUAUCUCUAACUUUCUGGGUAGUUUUUGAGAAAAUAUUGUUUUUACUAAGAAA